AUGUCCCAAGAACCUGAUCAGGAAGAAGAAGAAGAAAUAAAGUCAGUGGAACAAUGGCGUUGGUCCGAAAUGCAAGGCCUUGAGCUUCUCCCUGAAGCCUCCUCCGAUAAAAGCAACAAUAAUAAUAACAACUCGAGAAACCCAGAAACAGAGCUCCGGGAACAUCCUCCUCCGGAAAUGGAAAAUGGCGGUGGUGCUCCUCCUCCUCCUCCGACAAUAGUGGAGGAGCCUAAAAAAGCAGAGAUUCGUGGAGUUGCUUUCAAAGAGCUAUUCAGAUUCGCAGAUGGAUUGGAUUAUGUAUUGAUGGGAGUCGGCUCUGUUGGUGCUUUCGUCCAUGGAUGCUCCUUACCUCUGUUUCUCAGAUUCUUCGCCGAUCUCGUUAAUUCCUUUGGUUCUAAUGCCAAUAACGUCGACAAGAUGAUGCAAGAAGUUCUCAAGUAUGCGCUUUACUUUCUUGUCGUUGGUGCUGCAAUCUGGGCUUCCUCUUGGGCAGAAAUUUCUUGUUGGAUGUGGACUGGAGAGAGACAAACGACGAAGAUGAGGAUAAAGUAUUUAGAAGCAGCUUUAAACCAAGACAUUCAGUUCUUCGACACAGAGGUUCGAACUUCCGAUGUUGUCUUCGCCAUUAACACCGACGCAGUUAUGGUUCAAGACGCCAUUAGCGAGAAGUUGGGUAAUUUCAUCCACUACAUGGCGACUUUUGUUUCUGGAUUCAUCGUCGGUUUCACGGCGGUGUGGCAACUGGCUUUAGUAACUCUCGCGGUGGUUCCGUUGAUAGCCGUGAUCGGAGGAAUCCAUACCACCACUCUCUCUAAGCUCUCUAACAAGAGCCAAGAGUCUCUUUCACAAGCUGGUAAUAUCGUCGAACAGACAGUGGUACAAAUCAGGGUAGUAAUGGCGUUCGUGGGAGAAUCAAGAGCUUCGCAAGCUUAUUCAUCAGCUUUGAAGACAGCACAGAAACUUGGUUACAAAACAGGUUUAGCUAAAGGAAUGGGACUUGGUGCUACUUACUUCGUCGUCUUCUGUUGCUACGCUCUCUUGCUCUGGUACGGUGGCUACUUAGUUCGCCAUCAUUUGACCAACGGUGGUCUCGCAAUCGCCACAAUGUUCGCCGUCAUGAUCGGUGGAUUGGCAUUGGGACAAUCAGCACCGAGCAUGGCUGCAUUUGCGAAAGCUAAAGUUGCUGCUGCGAAGAUCUUUAGAAUCAUUGAUCAUAAACCCACGAUAGAGCGAAACAGCGAGUCUGGUGUGGAGCUAGAUUCAGUCACGGGUCUUGUUGAGCUUAAAAACGUCGACUUUUCGUAUCCGUCGAGACCAGAUGUUAAGAUCCUCAACAACUUCUGCCUCUCUGUUCCCGCCGGGAAGACUAUAGCUUUGGUCGGAAGUAGCGGUUCGGGCAAAAGCACCGUCGUUUCGCUUAUCGAGAGGUUUUACGACCCGACCUCAGGACAAGUUUUACUCGAUGGGCAUGACCUGAAGACGCUGAAACUGAAAUGGUUAAGGCAACAAAUAGGUCUUGUGAGCCAAGAGCCUGCACUAUUUGCUACUUCUAUCAAAGAGAAUAUACUCUUAGGCCGUCCCGACGCGGAUCAAGUCGAGAUCGAGGAGGCGGCUCGAGUCGCAAACGCACAUUCCUUUAUCAUCAAACUACCUGAUGGAUUCGACACACAGGUAGGAGAGAGAGGAUUGCAGCUCUCAGGGGGGCAGAAGCAAAGAAUAGCAAUAGCAAGAGCUAUGUUAAAGAACCCUGCGAUACUUCUUUUGGACGAGGCAACAAGUGCUUUGGAUUCUGAAUCAGAGAAGCUCGUGCAAGAAGCUUUGGAUCGUUUCAUGAUUGGAAGGACGACUCUCAUCAUCGCUCACCGUCUUUCCACCAUUCGCAAAGCCGACCUUGUAGCUGUGCUUCAGCAAGGAAGCGUCUCUGAGAUUGGAAAUCACGAUGAGCUUUUCGCCAAGGGAGAAAACGGAGUUUACUCUAAGCUCAUCAAAAUGCAAGAGGCAGCUCAUGAAACCGCCAUGAGCAAUGCGAGAAAGAGUAGUGCGAGACCUUCGAGUGCUAGAAACUCUGUUAGCUCACCGAUAAUAGCUCGUAACUCUUCUUAUGGAAGAUCACCAUAUUCACGGAGACUCUCGGAUUUCUCAACUUCUGAUUUCAGCCUCUCCAUUGAAGCUUCUUCGUACCCAAACUAUCGACACGAGAAGCUUGCUUUCAAGGAUCAAGCCAAUUCUUUCUGCAGACUAGCUAAAAUGAACUCUCCUGAGUGGAAAUACGCUCUGCUUGGUUCCGUAGGCUCUGUCGUUUGCGGCUCCUUAAGCGCGUUCUUUGCUUAUGUUCUCAGUGCUGUGCUAAGCGUCUACUACAAUCCGAACCACGAUUACAUGAUCAAACAGAUUGAUAAAUACUGUUAUCUCUUGAUCGGUCUCUCUUCUGCAGCGCUUAUCUUCAACACGCUCCAGCAUUCUUUCUGGGACAUUGUGGGAGAGAAUCUGACCAAGAGAGUCCGUGAGAAGAUGCUUACCGCUGUACUCAAGAACGAGAUGGCUUGGUUUGAUCAAGAGGAGAAUGAGAGCGCAAGAAUCUCAGCAAGAUUAGCUCUUGAUGCCAAUAACGUGAGAUCAGCCAUUGGAGAUAGAAUCUCGGUCAUUGUGCAGAACACAGCGUUGAUGCUUGUUGCUUGCACUGCUGGUUUUGUUCUGCAAUGGAGACUUGCGCUUGUCCUCGUUGCAGUCUUCCCUGUAGUUGUUGCUGCAACUGUGUUACAGAAAAUGUUCAUGACUGGAUUCUCUGGAGACCUGGAAGCGGCGCAUGCAAAGGGAACGCAGCUCGCUGGUGAAGCCAUAGCUAAUGUCAGAACAGUCGCGGCUUUCAAUUCAGAGGCAAAGAUUGUUCGUCUCUACACUGCAAACCUCGAGCCACCAUUGAAGCGCUGCUUCUGGAAAGGACAGAUCGCUGGAUGUGGCUAUGGUGUAGCACAGUUCUGUCUUUACGCAUCUUACGCUCUAGGGCUAUGGUACGCGUCGUGGCUUGUGAAACACGGCAUCUCUGACUUCUCCAAAACCAUAAGAGUCUUCAUGGUUCUGAUGGUCUCAGCUAAUGGUGCAGCAGAGACGCUCACACUGGCUCCUGAUUUCAUCAAAGGUGGUCAAGCUAUGCGGUCUGUUUUCGAACUUCUUGACCGGAAAACCGAGAUCGAACCCGAUGAUCCUGAUACCACCCCAGUACCAGACCGGUUACGUGGCGAAGUCGAGCUUAAACACAUUGAUUUCUCUUACCCUUCAAGACCUGACAUACAGGUUUUCCGAGACCUUAGCCUUCGUGCUCGAGCUGGCAAGACUCUAGCUCUUGUAGGUCCAAGCGGGUGCGGGAAAAGCUCGGUGAUUUCUCUCAUCCAGAGAUUCUACGAACCGUCCUCAGGCCGAGUCAUGAUCGACGGUAAAGACAUAAGGAAGUAUAACUUGAAAUCCAUAAGGAAACACAUCGCCAUUGUCCCUCAAGAACCGUGCUUGUUCGGAACAACCAUCUACGAAAACAUUGCGUACGGACACGAGUGCGCGACCGAAGCAGAGAUCAUACAAGCCGCGACUCUAGCCAGCGCACACAAGUUCAUAUCUGCGUUGCCUGAUGGUUACAAGACUUAUGUAGGAGAGAGAGGCGUUCAGCUCUCUGGAGGACAGAAACAGAGGAUAGCGAUCGCUCGUGCACUCGUGAGGAAAGCAGAGAUCAUGCUGCUCGACGAGGCCACAAGCGCUCUUGAUGCAGAGUCAGAGAGGUCGGUACAAGAAGCAUUGGACCAGGCUUGCUCUGGUAGAACAUCGAUCGUGGUGGCUCAUAGGUUGUCUACAAUCAGGAACGCUCACGUGAUCGCUGUGAUCGAUGACGGGAAAGUGGCGGAACAAGGGUCGCAUUCUCAUCUUCUCAAGAACCAGCCUGAUGGAAUCUACGCGCGGAUGAUACAGUUGCAGAGAUUUACUCAUACUCAGGUGAUUGGUAUGACGUCAGGUUCGAGUUCUAGGGUUAAAGAAGAUGAUGCUUAGUAGUUACUACUUUUGGUCAUAUAUAGAAGAAGAAUGAACAGAGUAAAAAACAAACACCAGAAGAUGUUCUGAAAAAAGAAAACCUACGAACUCAUUUUUUUUUUCUGUUUUAAUUUUGGGGUUACUUAUUUUUGGAACUACGUUUCAGAUUUGAUGGUAUAGUAUUAUUAUUGUGUAUUA